AUGGGCACUGAUAUAGUAAAAGUUGAAGAUAAAAGAGUGGUAAAAAGCUUUUUUAAGAUACUUUCUGGGGUUGCAGAUGCUGUAAGGUCAUGGACUGGUAUUAUUAGUCCAGAUUUAAGCAAUAGCCAGGACAUCAAUACUCUCAUUUCAAAAAUGACUGAGUGUUUAAAUCCAACAGGUGGNGAAGUUUCAGCGCGAAAAAAUACUGUGUCUCUUGGUAACUUAUACUUAAGUUUAUCAGAAAAUGGUAAAAUUAAAUUCCUUCAAGCUUUAGCAGAAGAAUUUAACUCAAACAAGGAACAAAUAGAUGAUAAAAUUUUAGAAUAUAAGAAAAAUCAAGAUCCUGAAUUAACUUAUACAUUUGAACAAGAUCUGAUUAAAACUCUUGAAUCACCACGUUCCAAAAUAUUAAAGCAGUUUAUCUCUUUACCAAAUGGACUGAAGUUCAUCGUUGAUAUGCGUUCUGAUGUACUUAAGCUGAAGAAUCGAUAUAAAACCUUAAAUCCGUUAGAAAAAGAACUAAAAAAUAUAUUAUGCACUUGGUUUGAUGUCGAUUUAUUAGAUCUGCAUCAAAUAACUUGGGAUUCACCUGCAUCAUUAUUAGAAAGGUUAAUAAAGUAUGAGGCA